AUGCAAUGUAGAGAUGCCUGCACUUUAAUGUCAAAAAGUUUAGCAGUGAUGCAAGCAGGUUUCAAAUGUUAUUGCAGCAGUAAUUUGAGCAUAGCUGGUAACAUCCCAGUGAAAGAUUGCAAGAAAGGCCAUUACAGAUCCAACCUUAUAUUUGAUGACUGCCUCAUGCUUAACAAUUUUUGUGAAGAAAUUGAGAAUUCUUCGCACAGCACUAGAUUAACUACCAAAAUUAACCACACAGAUACAACGGAGACUUUGGGAACCAUCGUCAUCAUCAACCCUUCCAACGAACAACCCACAGCCACAUCUAGCGAAGAGACGGAUGAUUAUGAAUUCUACAAAGAAAAGUUGAUCAUUGCAGCCAGUGUGAGUACGGCCACCUUUCUGUUAAUGUUAGCUGCAAUACUUGGACACAUCAUGUUUACAAGGAGGGAUCAAAAAAGAGUAAGCCAAACCUCGAAUAUGAGUUCUGUGAGUUCAGGUACGAGUGGAGCCAAAUCACCAGAUGACAUUUUGGAGAGUGUGAACAGGCAGUUAACAGAGCAUGAAUAA